GUCGCUUGUUGACAGCCUCUGUGUGAGGUGUCGGUUGAGGAGGAUGAGCGAAGGCUCAAACAAACACACCUGUUAUCAUCCCGCAAGAUCACGCAGUUGAAUGUCGAAGAUGAAGGUGUGGAAACAACAACAAGUGUCGGAGUUGGAGAAGAUUAAAGUGGGGAAAGGAAAGGCCUGCGAUGAAGCGAUAAGAUCGAGUAAUGCGGGAAAAUCGGCGGGGGAAUCUCUUAUCGCUGGCGCGCUGUAUCGGGAAUCGGCUGUUGCUGCAGAAAACCCCACUCUACCUAUUUCCAGUCACAAAACACCCCCCACCAUGGCCACCACCGAAUCCCCCUACAUCCCCGGCCCCGAAAUCGACAGCACCUUCGCACACACGACCAACCUGGCCUCGGCGGCCCUGAACACGCGCAUCGUCGCCUGCAGCAACGAAUACUUCGCCGCGGCGUCGAACCUCCUCACGCCGACGGCGCCGAUCAACCGGCCGGGGGUCUUCAUCCACACGGGCGCCUGGUACGACGGGUGGGAGACGCGGCGCCACAACCCGGACGCCUACGACUGGGUGGUGAUCAAGCUGGGGACGGCGCGGGCCGCCAUCCAGGGCGUCGAGGUCGACACGGGCUUCUUCGUCGGCAACUACGGCGAGAAGGCCGAGGUGCAGGCGACGUGCUCCGACGCCGACGACGCCGUGCUCGCCGACCCCAGCUACGCCGGCUGGACCACCAUCCUUCCGCCCCAGCCCUGUGGGCCCUCGCAGCGCCGCGCCUGGAGGGUUCCCGGAUUUGACCCAAAGAACCCCACGCCCUACACCCAUGUGCGUCUGCUCAUGUACCCCGACGGGGGCUUUGGGCGGUUGAGGCUGUAUGGUCAUGCGAUUCCGGCGGCGCGCGGGGAGAGGGUGGCUGUCGCUGGUGCACAGGACGAGAAAGAGGAGGAGGAGGAGGAGGAGCUGUCGUCGGCGUUGUGCGGGGGUCUGGCGCUGGCGGCCUCGGAUCAGCAUUAUACCCCGUGCUCGAAUCUGUUGCUGCCCGGCCGCGGGAAGGAUAUGGGCGAUGGGUGGGAGACGGCGCGGUCGCGCGCCCCGGGCCAUGUCGACUGGGCCAUCGUGCAGCUGGGGUUGCCGGGCGCCGUGUCCAGGGUCGUCGUCGAUACCAAGGACUUCCGGGGCAAUUUCCCCCGCGCGGUCCGCGUGCACGGCUUGGUGAAGGGGGAGGGUGGCGAGGGCGGCCCCGUCGCCGUGCCCGCCCAUGAUCAUCCCGGCUGGGUGGAGAUCGUCAAGGGCGAUCAGCGCUGUCAGGCCGAUACCGAGCAUGUCUUCCAGGGUGCGGAUCUGGCCGCGGGUGUCGAUACCCAGGCGUUCACCCAUGUGAAGUUGACCCUCGUGCCGGACGGUGGCGUGAAGCGCUUCCGGGUCUUUGGUAGACGGGCCUAGGUCGAGGCUUGUGAUGAGC